CAGAAGCAAACAUGGCGAAACGGGCGACAACCUACGAUGUUUUUGUGGGAAAUCUACCCACUGAUGCGAACGAACGGAAUGUUGGAAAAAUAUUUUCAAAGUUUGGUGAAAUCCAAGGAAUUGUCGUAAAAGAACAGAGCAACAACCCACAGAUCAGAUAUGCCUUUGUGAAGUACCUGUGUGAACCUGAUGCUGAAAAAGCUUGUUCAGAGCUAAAUGGACAAGAGGUACAAGGGAAAAAAGUAUCAGUCCGACUUCAGGAACAAAGAAAAGGUAGACCUAUUGGGCAAGGAAAAGAUGCCAACAGUUUACAACACCGUCCCCCAGGUAGCCGCAUUUCAAAGACCUCACAGCCUGAUAUUGUUCCUGAAGGUGCGGAUUCUGACAAUAUGUCCAAUACUGGAAGUACUGGCAGUAACUAUAAUGAGAAGGAGUCGGUGAUGGUUACCUUUGUGGAGAGCUGUGUAACAGUCUGGGUCCAAGUCGUCAACGAAGAAAAUACAAAUAAACUGAUGAAAAUAACUGAUCAGUUGGCUGCAUUGUGUCCAGCAGCUUCUAAGGUCAACGACUCACCUCAACAAUCAAAGGUGUAUGCAGCUCAGUUUUCGGAAGACAACAUGUGGUACAGAUGUGGAGUCAAGCAGUUUGUAGGAACAGAUAAGGUUAAAGUUCAGUAUAUAGAUUAUGGUAACAGUGAAGAAAUCUCUGUCAACAGCCUUGUUGAUAUUCCGCAAACUCUAGCUUCCAAUAAACCUUUGGCUACAAAGUUUAUUCUGCACAAUACCAAAGCCAACAAGUUCAAUGAUGUAAAUGGAAUCUCACUGCUGAGAAAGUUGACAGAAGGAAAGGUGAUAGAAGCUGUACGUACUAGGAAGCUUGGUGAUGGAAAUGGUUACUAUGCUUUGAUCUAUCUGGACGGCCAGAGCAUCAAUGACAUGAUGAUAGAAGAGGGGUAUGCCACCAAACGACCCCCAGCCAAUGCCCGGACUACGACGGAGUCUUCAGACCAAUCAGGAGGUAACCAGCUGUUUGGAAGCGGAGACCCUCUGGCAGGUACGUCUUCUCUGAGGUACAAUAGGUUUGGCAGUGGUGAUGGUGGACCGUUUGCCUUGGGAGGUGGAGGCUAUGCUGGAGAUGCAGCAGUGAGUGGUGGCCCCUUCCCACAGGGUAGACACCUGGCUCAAAGCAAUAUCGGAGGUGAUGAGAUGUUAAGGAACGACUUGAACAAGAAAAAACGAGAGGUUGAUAGGUUACGUGGAGAGGUGGCAAAGCGAGAUCUUCAGCUCCAGCAGUUGACCGCAAACAAAGUCCAGCUUCAGAGUGUUGUUGAUCUCGCUGAUAAAGUGAAAAGACUCAGGGUGCAGUUUCCAACAGGACGUUCCAGUGGCCUUGAGGAGGCCAUGGCACUAGCACUGUCAAAUGAGAAAGUUCAGAAUUCAUCAGUUCAUUCCCUCCAGGCAGUGAUGUCCACCAUGUCAACCUACAAGGCUGCCCAGAAGGAAAUCAUCUGCUCCAGCAAUCAUGAGGAGUUGGCCAACAUGAUCCUAGAAAGAGACAAUGCACGGCGGGACUUACAUGGCAAGUUACAAGAAUGUAUAGAUGAGCUGACGGAGAUGCCGCUGGAUACCAGAUACAAGGCUCUCAAGGAUAAGGAAGAUAAAGUGAUGAAGGACUACAAAAUGUUCAUAGGCUUCAAUGUGCAUGGAUGUCCACUCCUGGAAGAUCUUGCCUUUGGUUUCAAGGAUUGGAAGAGUCGGAAAGAAGAAGAGUUCUGCUUAGUACGGGAGAAUUGUGACACCUGUCAAAAUAACAUGACGGCAUUCUUACAGCGGCUGUUAGGACUGAUGUCACUGGAAGCACCCACAGAGGUUACCAACUCGGUGGUGGAUAUGGACAACCUUCUGAGGUCAUACAGUCAGGCUCUACAACAGGAGCUUGUCAUCACUGAUCUGGAACACAGUUCAGAUGCCAACAUGGUUGCCACUAUAUUAGCUGCUAUAUUGAAAGAGUUAAGAGGGGAAAUGAAGACACUAGAAAAUUUGAAAGGAGUUGCUUCUGACUUCACUAAUUUGAAGUCUUCCAUUGAACCAUGGCUGGAGGCUAGGCCAAACCUGGAAAGCAUUACUGACAGAAGGAAGGCAAUCCGCAGCCUCAAGUCUAAACUCCGACAUAAGGAAGCUGACAGACAGGACAUAGAGGAGAGUGGAGAUGGCACAAAAGAGGAGAUGGCUGAGAUACAACGAGAAGUGAACGAAUUGAAAUACAAGCUUCACAAGGAGCUGCUGGCUAUGGAUGACUUACUGGCCAGCUUAGCUGUUAAUGCAGAUGAGCACUUCCCAGAGUUGAGCCUGCAACACCAAGACAUUGGCAUUGACAUUCAACUGGGAUAUGGAGGCCUGGUAAAACUUGGCCGUGACAUUGAACACUAUACCUUGCAGCAGACUUCCAGGACUGGCAUGUACUCCAGUGUGUUUGCCAACAAACCGGUGUAUAUUCAGGAACUUCACAUCAAUGAUGACGAUCAUGUUAACAAGGAAGAGUUUGUACAACACAUCAUUGCCUAUGCUGAUGUGGCCAGCACUUGUGAUUUCCUGAUGAAAUUGGAUGCAAUAUUCUUCUCAAAGAAUGAGCGUACAGCUUACAUCCAGAUGGAAUGGAGCGAGAUGCAACUGUUACCAGAUCUAAUGAAGAAAGGAGCAAUGGCAGACCAGGUCAAGCAGAGUGUGUUUGAAGGUGUAACUGAGGGCUUGAUGCAUCUACACAACAAGGGAUUUGUCCACGGGGAGGUAAACCCAUCCAACAUAGGAGUCAAACCAGACGGCUCUUCCACCUUGAUGCCUCCAGACUUCUCAAGAUCAGUGUUGGAUCGUGUGAGGAAAAGAUAUGUCACAGAAAAUGGGUUGACUUUCGUGCCCAUAGAAAUGGUAGCCUAUGCCCAGCAAGGUUUGACACCACAAGUGUCCAUUAGUUGUGACCUGUACAACCACGGCCUUCUUCUCCUCUGGUUGCACAAUCCACACGGGUCGGUCGAACUGCAGCAUGAUGGGUCUCCCAAACUCAUGAGUAUGGGGCUUGAAUCCACUGUGAUGGAGUUGCUGUACAGUCAACUGUUCCCAGUCUGCGACAAGAGACUUCCUCUCAAACAAAUACUCAAGUCUCGAUACCUUACCCAAGUGAUUCCAGACAAACCAGCACCAGAUACUACUCUCAGUAUCGAAGUAUCCCAAGUACAAGUAUCUGAUUCGGAGGUGAAAGAGGGUGCAGACAACAUGCCUACCGCCGAGCUGUCCGUAACAGCAUAUGAUCCUGAAGCUGAUUUGGACAGUUCAAGACAGUUUGAACAUCAGCCAGUAGAGGACACUAUGUCCAACAUUGGUGUAUUUGACUUCAACAAUAUGGCUGCCACCAAUAGUUCAGAAAAUCAGGCUGAACAGGCUUUAGAGCCAACAUCUGAUGACACAUCUGCUGUAGACCAAUUGGCUAGAGACUUAGCAAGCAUUAGUAUGCCAGCUUAUCAAACUGACUUGUCAGGGGUUGAUGGAAAUACAGAACUUAGAAAUGAUUCCCUGUCAGGUAUAGUUAGUGAGCAAGGUGUUGAGGAUAACACAGGUGAUUUGGCUACUACAGAUAGUGAUAGUGUUGUUUGUGUGGUGGACAGUGAACAAGCUGAGGACAAGCAGACCAACUUGGUGGUGACACAAACUGUAAAGGAGGAUGAGGAGAUGCCAGCCCCUCCCGAACCACUGGUGACUCAAUCUGAACCCAGUACUGAACCAAUCGGUGAUCUAGAAUUGGUGACAUCAUCAUUUGCCAGUCCACACUCAUUCCUUCGCCAAGACCCAAGUUCAAGGUCACCCAUACAUAGACUUCUCAAAGCUGCUGCAUCAAAGGAGAGCCUUUGAAUUGAGACUCGGCACCAGAGCAUUAGGUUCAGUUUUAUCAGAUCACAAACCUCCAGUUGAACAAGGCUAACAUUCACAAAAAGGCAGGAGAAAUAUAGUUGCUUGUUUCUCUGGCCAUUUCUCCUCAAAACAGAUGAAAGAUUUUUAUUUGUUUCUUUACAACAAAAUGUGGAGAAAUAUUUGUUUAGCCCACCAUCAUCAGAAGUUUUUAACAUAUUUUUUUCCCUUAAAUUUCAUGUUUAGGUUUCCUUUGCCCUAAGUCUCCUUUUGAGACUGAUUGAAUGAAUGAGCAGCCAUGUUGGAUUUUGACAUCUAGUUUGGUAUUGCUUUUUUUCAAAAAGUACUAGAGGCAUCUCAAAUUUCAUAUGUAGGUUAAAUGAACAAGAUUUGCUGGGUGGCUGUCUUGGAAUUUGACAACUAAAGUUAGUUAUCAUCAUUAUUUCUCAGAAUGUUCCAGAAAGAGCUUUCACAAUCUGGUUUUAGUUUUUGAACUGGACACAAAGCUGUUGUCUAAGAAUUUGACAGCUGAAGUUUGUUAUCAACAUUUCUCAGAAAUUACUGGAGGAGGAGGAAUCUUCCCUAAUUCCUAUCUAGGUCCCUCUUGACUUUGAUCUAAGUUACUUAUGUUUAAUUUUCAACUUCAUAGGAAAAAAUAGGGCCACCAGGCAGACAUCUUAAAUUUGACUCUUUUAAGUUUGUUUUUGCUAUUUCUCAAAAAGAACAAGUGCAUAUCUUUCUGUGAUUUAUAAGGUUAUUCUUGUUCUCCAGCUUUGCAUAUUUCAUUUUGAGCUUCAGGCUACUUGGCCAGAAUAGAAAUAUCUAAAUUUCAUCUAAAUAUCUAUAUUUCUAUAUUAAAAGACUUGUCAAACACAAAGGCUAAUUGAAAAUGUGUGCACUGUUGACAUGACUAUCAAUCCAACAGGUAAGAGGAAACCUCAAUUAUUUACUUCAAUUGAUAUAAAAUAGUCCAGGAACCAAUUGACAAUAUUUUACAUCUGGAUGAUUUUGUGGAUUCUUCUGAAUUUUGCUGAUUUUGUGAAGGCCUUAGAAACAAGUAAUUCAUUUUUUGAACUGAAUUCAUUAUAACUAUUUUCUAGAAAUAUUUUGGUAGAAAAUUGAAAAUCACCCUUCACGCCAUGUAUACUUUUGCUAUAGCUUAUCAGAGUAGAAAGGGUACGCAUGUAGUAAUUGCUUUAUCAGUGUGUCUAUGUGUUCAUAUAGAAUAUCUGAAGCAUCGCUUAACAUUUAGUUACUCCCCACUGUUGAAGAAAAUGGGGAUAUUAAUUUGUGUCCCUCACUCUUGGUUUAAGUGCAAUAGCUCCUCUAUAAUUGGUUCAAUUUAAAAUAAAUUUGGUGUACACUUUCAAAAUGCAAAGUGUGGGACUAAGUUUGAUCAGGGAUUGAAUGCAUACAAAUUACAGCAUAAUUGAUGGUUGGUUCUGUGCAAUAAGUCCCGUAACAAUAGUUUAAAAUCAACCGAAUUCGGGGUGAAUAUGCAAAGUCAUUAUUUUUUGUGUUUUCAUCAUUGUAUGGUAAAAUCUGAAUAGAUUCAGGUAGUCAUCUGUCAAGGUUGAAAUGUCAAAAGUCGCACUUAAGUUCAAUGCUUAAUGGGGGGGGGUCAAUGUUAGUGUAAGCUGACUUUGUUUUUAUUAAAGUUGAACAGACUAGCAUUGAUUUUAUUGUUAAGUUAAAGUCAUGGUUUGCAAGCAACCCAUUAAAGAAGUAGCACUAUUUACUUAUUUCUAUUUCAAUCGUGUAUUUAAUUGUAGUAAAAGGUGAAAUGAGGCACUACUAUUGAAGCACAAGCUUGACUAAUAUGUUUUCUUCUUUCAGACAAAUAUGAAACUGACUGUUUACUAUCUUUUUCAACGAUAUAAAUGAGAGAUGGUUGUGAUUAUUUCGAGGUCAUUCAUUUGACUGUUUUGUUAUAACUUGAUUGUUAGUCCUUGCUACCAUGUGGAUUUUAACAUGUGCCUUCCAAAUGUAAUAGCAAUAGUUAUGUUGUUGGAAGUUUCCAUCCAACUUGCUGGUGUGUAAAGUACAUGUUUCUUCAAAUAUUUCAUGCCUUUUUGUGCACUUCUCAUUCUCUGUCGGUCCUUUUUCUUUCUUUCUUUUGAAAAAACAUGUUUUUUUGUCAAAUUUUGUGUAUCCUGUAUAUCUAGUAUAUGACCAUGCCAAUAUAGCCAGUGACAUAUUUCUAUUUCAGGAUUCAUAUUGAUUACCUUUCAUUGUGUGUAACUGUAUAAACCAGCUGUCUUAAUCCCAGAUAAGUUCUAAAUAUUUGUCUUUUUCUGUUAUAUCUAUAUAAACAUAUUCUCUUUUUGUCUUAAAUUACUUUAUUUGACACUGCACAAUAAUGAUAUGUAUGUGUAUGACUUUAGUGUUUAGUUCAAGAAAAAUGAAUAAUGUGGUUAGUGCUGUUAAAAAAUUUUUCAGAGGCCUCAACCACUUGAAUGCAGAAAUGUAGGGCAGAUGUGGAUUAAUCCCACAACCCAUUACCGGGUAUAUGUUUUAAAGCAAUUCCCCCCUUCCCCUGCAAAUGAUUAAAUGUCUCUCUUGAGGUUGUGAUUUAAUUUUUAAAUCAUUUCAAUGAAAAGAUAACAUGACCAGGUAUUCAUAUACAGUAUUUUCAUUGAUCACACAUUUAAAUCACUGUAAAAAAUCAACACUGUUUUGCAGAUAGGUUGUUUUUAUAAGAUGUUGUUGAUUGAUAAAUAAGAUGUUGUUCAUUGAUAAACUGACAGAUUGUGUUUUAUCACAAUUUUCCUUGUAACCAUUUGAAAAGUCGAAACAAUUCAAACACUUAAUUAUAAUCUUCACAAUAAACAUGGUGAUACCUGGUGUAUAGACAAUGUAGUAUAGAUCCAUGGUAAUGGUAGCCACCAUGUUUGUGUGCUUUUAUGUUCCAAUGUACAUGCAUAUAUCUCCCCUUUUCUGGUGCCAUUAUGAUUUCAUUAGGUAUGAGCUGUACCAGUAUCGCACCAAGCAUCACAGAGUCCAGACACGAUAAUAUUCACAUAUGUAUGUUUAUGAAGAGAUUAACUAGACUGUGUCUGUAUGAAAAAAUCCUUCCUAUUGUUGUAUCAUAAUCUAGUCAAUGUGGUUUUUUUUAUACUCGAGCAACAACGUUUAGGAAAGUGGUGUAUACUUUAAUCGGGGUGUCUGGGUGAAAGUUUGUCUGGCGCAGUGCUGCUUGCUUACCUUCUCAGCCAGUUUUUACAAAACUUGGUACAAAUGAUCAGAAUUCCAUGUACCAGGGUAAUACUAGGUAGUUGAGUGUUUGCAAUUUAUUUUUUAUUUUGAACACUUCCAUAGGAAUAAUUCCCUCCGAUUUUCUGUUAAAAAAGUUUGUCUGCACAGUAUCUUGAGUAGUUGCAUGAUUGAGAUUUAUUUCUGAGGAGUAAUUCUUGUUUUCUAAUUUUUUGUAUGGGAUUUUUUUUGGGGGGGGGGUGUUAUUGUUCUGUAUAAUCACAAAAUGCUGAAAGUAGCUCCUAUUUACUCGUCUAGAAAACCAGAAAUACUCCAUAGCAACUAUUAUACUCAAGUCUCCGUGUUUUUGAAGGUUUCUCUCUCUUUCUCUCUCGAUGUUGUUUGGUGUCCAGGAGUCUGAUGGACUUUAUACUGGAAUAAAUUUUGUAUUAAAAUUCAGUUACUUUAAUCAUGGCAAAUCUUUUUCAAGAACAAAGGAAUAUAUGCUAAUGAUGUUCCUAACUUUUUAGGUUACCUUAAUAUUGACUCUGGUAACCUACUACAGUUGCAUUUUGCCAAUCCUGGCCUGUCUUGACAAUACAUUCUUGUGGUAUUGCCACAUAUAUCAAUAUUUUAUCAACAGUAUGUAUGUUCCAUUCAAGUGAACACCAAAGGCCGAGGAGGCUCUUGUUUGUUCUCUUGUGGCCACUAGGGCAAAUGAUUUUUAACCAAAAACAUUGUUGCAAGACCAAUAUAUAAUGUAUAUGUGUUAAUCGUAGAUUUAGGAAAGUUGUAAUCCCUAUUGAGUAGUGCUUGUCUGCACUGAUUGUGGAAAGUCAAUGCUAUCUUAGACGUACAUCAUUGAUCUUAUAAAUCUGUUUAGCCAUAUAUAAUUUUGUAUUUUUUCUUUUGUUUUCAAUAAGAAAGUUAUUAAAAAAAAUGUUACAAG